UGAGAACCUCAUUCUUCUAGAAACUCACCCAGAACCUCCACCCACUGAUACCAUGGUCAGCUCCUGUUGUGGCUCUGUCUGCUCCGAGCAGAGCUGUGGCCUGGAGAACUGCUGCCGUCCCAGCUGCUGCCAGACCACCUGCUGCAGGACCACCUGCUGCCGCCCCAGCUGCUGUGUGUCCAGCUGCUGCAGGCCCCAGUGCUGCCAAUCUGUGUGCUGCCAGCCCACCUGCUGCCGCCCCAGCUGCUGUCAGACCACCUGCUGCCGCCCCAGCUGCUGUGUGUCUAGCUGCUGCAGACCCCAGUGCUGCCAGUCUGUGUGUUGCCAGCCCACCUGCUGCCGCCCCAGCUGCUGCAUCUCCAGCUGCUGCCGCCCCAGCUGCUGUGUGUCCAGCUGCUGCAGGCCCCAGUGCUGCCAGUCUGUGUGCUGCCAGCCCACCUGCUGCCGCCCCAGCUGCUGCAUCUCCAGCUGCUGCCGUCCCUCUUGCUGUGAAUCCAGCUGCUGCCGCCCCUGCUGCUGCCUGCGUCCAGUCUGUGGCCGAGUCUCCUGCCACACCACUUGCUAUCGCCCAACCUGUGUCAUCUCUACCUGCCCCCGCCCCUUGUGCUGCGCCUCCUCUUGCUGCUAAAUCUCUCCUUGUGAUAUUUGUCAUACUAUGAAUGUCUUCAUUAGUCAUGUAAAAUGCACUGUAGCCAGCCAGUCACUGGAAAAAUGAACGCUUCCCUGCCAAUUUGUCUCAUGUGGCAUUUAGAGUGGACAUUCAGCUCUUCUAGGAAAUGACAGACAUAAACACAUUCAUUAAAAUAUGUUGUGCCAGGCCCUAAUGCAGUUACUUUUAGAUGAGCAGUGUCUUCAUUCAAAGGGGACACUAACUAUGAUGAUUUCAUAUAAUAUUGUUUUCAUAUAUUAAUAAACAGCCACUUCCCUAA